AUGACGAUCGGCCUGUCUCAGCGCGAGUCAAGAAAACCCGAGCGCCUGUGUCGGCCUAAGACAGUUUUCCACAACUCACUUACACCGAGCCGAGGCGUGUGGCUACGCAACUUUCCACGCACACGCGUCGCGGCGAAAAGAGCGGCGAAACGCGCGGCGCAAGCGUGCGACAGACCGCCGUCCCGCUCGCACGCGGCCCCCCGUCCCAUUUCAACAGGUUUCGCCUUUCAGCAGUUGCAACGGGGGACGCGCGCCUGUAGUAACACAGCACAAACAGCACGAGAAGCACACGCCGCGCCGCGAACCGAAAACACAGAUCCACUGACAGUCGCUACGUCGGCCCCACGAAGCCGUCCCCCUAUCUGGUUUUGCCGCGCUUUAGCGAUACGACGCGACUGUUUAUUAAUACGCGGUACGCUACGGCGCGCGUUCGGCGAACGGCCGAGCUCGUGGCGAAUUCGCGGGGAAGUUACCGCGAAAAGUGCGAGUCAAACUCUAGUCGCGCCAAAAACGAUGAUCGGGCGGGCACAUUGGAACCGGGGA